ACCAAUAUCUUUUGCCCAGAAAAAAAAAAAAAACCAAUAUCUGAAGAAGGUAGAGCAAAAUCGUGUGUGCAUUGAUCUGAUAGAGCAGCAAGAAUGACUACCGUCAUUAAGAAAAGAGUUCGAAUUCUAUCAACAGGCCCCUCCGAUGCGGAUGAUCAAAGAAACCCUAAAACUCACGAGAAUGGAGGAAAGGUUCAAACUUUAGGGCAAAGUAAGGUUGGUGGUAGUGAUAAUGUGGUAAAGUCUAAUACUUGUUUCGUGUGUGAUGGGAAAGACGAUUGGGUAUUGGUAUGUUACGGAGAGGAAUGUCCUAUUGCUAUUCAUCAAAGCUGUGCAUCUGAUGAACCUGAUUUCGAUGAAUUUGGGAAUUUUUAUUGUCCUUAUUGUUGGUAUAAGCGUGUGGUUUCGAAGUGUGUGGAGCUAGGGGAAAAGCUUAUGGUGAGUGAUAAGUCUAGAAAGGGAUGUAGAGAGACUUUAGGAGGUGUAGAUUUGGGAACUGAAGAUAUGGAGAAUGUUGUGGAGGUUAAUGUUUCACUAGGUAGAACAUUAGCUAGUGGUGAGCAUAGUGGGAGGGAAGGUGAUGGAUUGAAUGAUAAAAAGAAUCAGAAGUUGAAAGAAGUUGCAGCUCAGACUCGUUCUCGGGUAAAUUCUAAGGCGGGUGAUACUGAUUUGGAUACGGGAAGAAAGCAGCGAGGGAGAUUUGAUGAGAAGAAUCAUGAAACUUCUGAUGCUUUUAUAUCUAAUACUGAUGAGGACCAUGAGGGAAGCAGUUCUGAUGUAGGUAGGGAAACAAAGCCACAGAAAAGAUGCGAAGAUGUAAACCAUGAAACAGCACAAGCGCACAGUUCUGUUGUGGGUGUCAAAACAAAAGAGAAGAGGAGAUACAGUGAGAAGAACCAGCAAAACAAAACAGUUUCAGGAACUCAUGAGCAGGAAGUCUUUGUUAAUGAUGAAGGAACAAAAGCGCAUAAUUCUGAUUUGGGUGAUGGAAGAAGAAGUGGGAAAGGAUAUUGCCAUGAAAAGAAUCAGCAAAACAAAGUGUCAUCUCCUGAAAGAUGUGAGCAGAAAGUUCCUAGGACGAAUAAAAGGGUCUCACACGGCUCUGGAUUAGCGGAGGAGAGAUAUCCGGAGGAAAGAUAUAGGGAGGAAAGGCAUAUUGAAAAGAACCAGCAAAAGAAAGUGUCAUCUCCUGAAAGAUGUGAGCAGAAUGUGCCUAGGACCAAUGAAAGGGUGUCACACUGCUCUGGAUUAGGGGAGGGGAGAUAUCGGGAGGAAAGACAUAUUAAAAAGAACCAGCUUCCCAAAACUAUUGAAACGGAAAGUCUGGCGACUGAAGUUUUCAAGGAUCGGAAGAGAAAGCGAGAACGAGGAGUGGAGAGAGAUCGAGAUGAGUUUUAUUUGGCGGAGAAUCAAUACAUACAAUGCCAACCUGAUAUGAGAAAUGAUGAUGUGGCCUUUAAUAAGCAAGAGAAUGGUUUCAGAAAUGAUGAACGAGUAAAGCAAAAGUCUGUAUCUUCUAUUUCAUCUACUGAGUCUACUAACAGUGUUAACGAAUCUAAUGUACCUUGUCAAGAGUUAACUUUGAUCAUCCACCCGAAGGUUGGUGUACAAGAUAAACCUAUUGAAGCACGACCUCUUCGCUCCAUCUAUUCAAAGAAACCAUCUUUCCAACCUGAAAAAUACGGACACAAAAGUUACCAGGAGAAGAAUGGAGCUGUGUCUAAUGAUCCUGGACAAAGGAAGUUUGUUUUAUGCAGUGACAAAAAACGUAAAAGACUAUUUUGGACACAGGCAGAAGAAGAGAUGCUUAGGGUUGGUGUGCAGAAGUUCCUUGUAGGCAGGAAUAUUCCAUGGCGCAAAAUCUUGGAAUUUGGUCGGGAUGUGUUUCACGAUGGACGUGCUCCAAGCGAUCUCAAGGACAAGUGGAAGAUGAUGAACAAAAUGGCUUGUGACACAGGGAAUUGGGUAAGACACCAAACUGAAAGACAACCAAAUUACUAUGUGUCUGAGGUUAGUUCUGACUGAGCUUUGGGAUUAUACAAAGCAUUAGAGCUUAGAAGAGGAUAGGGCGUUGCAUUUUUUUGUACAACCUUGUUCAUAGUUUGUGAAUUGCAUUUGUAUCAUAAACUAAUCCUACCUUCCCCAAUUUGUAUCUCCUCGCCAAUUUAGAGAAUAAUACAUAAAGAGUAAGAUGAACU